AUGGACGAGAGGCUCUUCAUGUCCCAGCAUUCGCCUCGGAACGAGUCGUCGCCCUCGAUGAAUAACCUUGUCUCACCUCCACGAAACGGCAGUCGCCUGCCGCAGCCGAAUGCCCCGACUCACGAGCUUAGAUCUUCUCUGCCCCGUCGCUUCACCACCGACUCGGGACGUGUACCAACACUGUCAUCUAUAAUCUCUCAGCGCGGCCCUCUUCCUGGGCCUGACCCCAACGUAUGCUCUACAAGUGCUGAUGCCGUGCAGUUAGAGAAGAAAAAGCAAGAAUAUGAACGCCUUCGAGAGCAAAGGAGGCGCUUCGAGCUGGAAAUGCAGAAGCUGGAACAAGCCCAACGCCGGGAGGAGCUCGAAUUGGCCAAGAUGCAGGACGACCUGACCCGACAGGGGCACCAAUCCGAACCCACCACACCCCCCGAAUAUCAUGACAGUUCUGGCUUUCCCUCGAUGUUUUCGCGACCGAACCGCUACUCGAUGUCUAGCCUUAUAUCCCCGCCAGGACUGUUUAAUCGGCCCGCUCGAUCCGGUUCACUACUCACCUCGCCUCCAUCCAACAUUUUGUCCUCUCGGAUGCCCUUUGAGGAUCACCUCCCUUCCCGCUCAGUACCGAUCACGCGGAGGAACAGUGACGAUGAGGAGAAAGAAGAAGCUGUUCGCCAGGAUCCGAGCAGCCAUCGAUCUUCCAAUGCUGGCACAUCAUAUUCAAAAAACAAUCAGAAUGCUGACUCUGGCCGAAAUAGCUACAACCGCUACUCGAUGCCUGUAACCCGAUCUCGCAAUGGUCUCUACGGCGCCGAUCUUGACCAAACAGGUACUGCGCGUUUCUUGUUCGGCGAGGAGGACUCUGGUGAUGCCCGCUACGGUCAAGUCUUCAGAGACGAAAGUUUCCCUACCCUAGUCCGACGCGAAGACCAAAUGCUUUCUGCGUCAUCCGCUGCUCUUGACCUUGCAUUGUCUCCGUCUCCUUCUCCCGAGGUGUCAUCUUCCACCAAAGGUUGGGGCAAUAUUAACCGUCACCGCGCACGACAGUCUCUUUCGACCAUCAAUACCUCGCAACUCAACGGUCCAACAUCUGCGGCGGAAGGGACACGUUCUUCGACUAUCCGCCACUCCCUCGACCUGCAGUACUUCUCCGAGAAUUCUUCUGACCCCCCUUCGGUCGUCUCUCCCCCGGGCAAUCCCAUCAUGGCCUCUGCUCCGAGCCUGCAGAGCUCCUUCUCUGGCAAUGAUGUCCAGACUGUUAGGAACGGCUCAGGCGCCAAUAACCAUGCCCAGCAGCACUUCCAUAACCACAAUGCCAGCAUGGGUCGAAUUCCCGCUGGCGCCGUUCCUACCCGCCAUACCCGCGAACUGUCCAACGAUAGCACCGCAGCUGCUCGCGACCAGGCCGGCGCCUAUCACUCUCUCCAGGGUGCUCUCCAAGGUGGCGCCGCUCCUUUCGGACCCGCGGGCAAUGGCAUCGCCACUACCCAUACCUCUCCUGGCGGUGGUUCGACGACUACGGCCUCUGGUUCAGGUGGGGCCAACUCGUCUUACGGAUUCUAUCCGGGCGGACCCAAUUACUCGUCGCCUACUUCGUCUGCCCCUCCCGUCACUGGUACUGGUACAUUUGGCGUGCCUUUCAUUGCUACGGGCAUGCAAGGCCUGAACCUUAACGGAGGCACCAUGUACCCUCCCCAGAACUACACUGGAUAUGGCGGCAAUCAUUACCCCACGCACUCACCCCGCGAUAGCCAGCACCGCGUGAUUCAGAAUCGUCGCCAGAUUGACAGUGAAGCCAUGCUCCGAUACCAGAAUCUUCCCCUCGAACACGUCGGAGGUCAAAUUUACGAGCUAUGCAAGGACCAGCACGGAUGCCGCUAUCUGCAGAAAAAGCUCGAAGAGCGCAACCCAGACCACGUCCACAUGAUCUGGCUGGAGACCAAUCAGCACGUCAUUGAGCUUAUGACAGACCCCUUUGGCAACUACCUCUGUCAGAAACUCUUGGAGUACUGCAAUGACGAGGAGCGCACGGUUCUUGUCCAGAACGCAUCGCAUGACAUGGUCCGCAUUGCUCUGAACCAACACGGCACCCGUGCACUCCAGAAGAUGAUUGAGUUUGUUACCCUGCCCGUGCAGGUCCAGACCAUCAUCGAGGCCCUCCGUAACCGUGUUGUCGAGCUCAUUCAGGACCUCAACGGCAACCACGUGAUUCAGAAAUGUCUGAACAAGUUGAGUGCUAUUGAUGCUCAGUUCAUCUUUGACGCUGUUGGCAACAACUGCGUCGACGUGGGCACUCAUCGCCAUGGCUGCUGCGUGCUCCAGCGCUGCAUUGACCAUGCUGAUGGUCAACAGAAGGUUUGGCUUAUUGGGAAGAUCACGGAACACGCGCCUAUCCUCGUGCAGGAUCCGUAUGGCAACUAUGUGGUCCAGUACAUCAUCGACCUCAAUGAGUCGGCGUUCACUGAGCCUGUUGUGGCCAUGUUCCGCAAUCGUAUCAGUCAGCUGUCUCGCCACAAGUUCAGCUCGAAUGUGAUUGAGAAGUGCUUGCGCUGCUCGCAAGAUGUCUCGCGUGACAUGAUUGUCGAUGAGCUCCUCAAUCCCGGCGAGCUCGACCGCGUCUUGCGAGACUCGUUCGCCAACUACGUGGUCCAGACUGCUCUCGACUGCGCGACGCCCGCGGGUAAAGCCCGUCUCGUGGAAGGAAUUCGUCCUUUCCUGCCAUCGAUCCGAUCGACUCCCUAUGGCCGCCGCAUUCAAGCUAAGAUUCAGGCUUAUGACAAUCGCGGAACUGCAGCCAUGGCUGGUCAGUCGACUCCGGCCGACAACACGCAAGGCCAGGUCCCUCUGCGUCCCGGGCACAACCGCGGUAUGGUUAACAACACCUCGAUUGUCACUCCGGGCGGGCCCCUGCCCAACGGCGGUGGCAUGGCCCAGCAACCGUCGUAUCCGCUUGCUAGCAACCUUACGGUGCCCCCUCCGGUUCUUCCUCCACCUCAGCAACAGCAGGAAGCAUCACAGAUGCAAGGUCAAGCCUUUGGUCAGGACCAGAAUCGGGACCAAGCCAAGACCCAGCCCGAGUCGCAGCCGUCGCAGUUCCAGCCUGAGCCUGGCCAGUCUCAGCAGCAACAGCAAAUGCAACUGCCCACCAACGGAGCAUCCCGAAGCCCUCCUGGUGCUGGCAAUGGUGACGGGCCCCGGUGGCUGUAA